AAGUCAUUUGUUUCUCAUUAAUUUCAAAAUUUAGGCUGCAGAAGCAAGAGUUAAAACUAUAAUACACAAAACAGUCAAAUUGCAAUAAGCAGUGUCUAUAUACAAAGUUGUAUUGUUGGAAUGAAGAUAACGCGACAGCAGCUGAGUCGAAGACCGUGGUAUCGGGAACAUGCCAUUCAAGUUUCUGUGGCCUGUGUGUUUCUAUCGGUUUUGGUAGUCUUUCUGCUGGUCUCUGCGGGAAUCAUUGACGAUGAGACGAAUCCUCGGCCGUUGCUGCAAGUACAAGCAGUACAGCAGCAAGCCAACUCCAAUUUUCCUUCCCAAUAUCCUCCUUUGUCCUGUCAAGAAUGGCUGCGGGAUAUUCCACACUACCGACUGCCGCUGCGGGAUUACGUUCCAGAGUUUCAAGAUCCCAAUCAUGGCAAACAAUUCACACGUGUGACGGACGGAUAUCCCUUCUUCACCAUUGCCUUGCACAAUGAACAAUUCGACCCGGCUCGAUGGUCCAUUGUCAAAUGGGGCCAUUACUACGAGACGGCACUCACGGCGGCAUUUUCCGCCGUGCUCAACGAGACUGUGUCUAGUGAACCCGUCGGUACUACCGUACGUGUCUUGGAUGUCGGUGCCAAUAUUGGCUACUUUUCACUCCUUUCCGCGGGCCAUCACGGGAAUAUUGUAGUGGAUGCCUUUGAACCCAAUCGUGUCAAUGCCUUUCGCAUCUGUCAGAGUUUACAAAUCAAUCAUUGGUUGCCCAACGAGUAUGAAAUCAGACGACAAUCAAGACAACUAUCACAACAAUCCACGGUCAAUUGUCAUCCUUAUGGAAUUGGAAAAGACGUGGGAAAAAUGGUCUUUCACGAAGUGUACAAUCCUGGAGCGGGCAAUUUCGUGGCACAACCCAACGACCACACUCUCUCCAACAGUACGUUGCCCGUCAUUACGUUGGAUGCUUUUGCCGAGAGUCGCGGAUGGUUCAUCUCCAGUAGUAAUACCAAUCGCCCUGUCAUUGCCCUUUUCAAAGUCGACGUCGAAGGAUACGAACUCCACGUCGUACAGGGCGCCACACGCCUACUGAGCAGUCAUCUCAUUCGCAACAUUUUCAUGGAAGUUUCCGCUCGGACGAGGUCCGAAAUUCACGACAGUCGUGCCGCUGUACAACUCAUUGCCGAGGCGGGAUAUGACGUCUAUCAGUACGGAGGAUUCCGAGGUCCCAAACACGUCGUCAAUUGGUCGUCUCGUGAUCCCAAAAAUUUGACCGAUUUGGUCAUUCAGGAAGUCACCAAGAAGCGACAUCCACAACUGAACUUGUGGUGGAAGCUGGCUCCCAAAAACGCCAAAGCGACGACGCAAAUAAGCAAGAAACAAUAAAUGCAGUGGUGUGUGGGAAGAAUACCAAAAUGAAUAAGCGAGGGAUUCAUUGCGGUGGUAUAAUAGGCAGAAUCCCCAACCCGACAAUCGUUCGUCGACCCCCCGACACAAGAAAGUGCAUGGGACUAGGGCAAAAUCGGGGAUUCCGAGUCGAGUGGCCCUUGAAAAAGGAACAACAACGAAAAACAUGGACGCCGGAGACGUUGGUUGCUGCAUGGUACGAGUCAAGUCGAGUCGAGUCACAUUCUGCAGAGCCAUGCAGGGGCCAUCGAUCGUUUUGGCUCUACAUGGAUGGACUAUCUAUCUAUAGAUCCGAGGAGCAAGUCCGUUAGAAGAUCGAGCAGCGUAUCUCUAGUAUGUUGUUUGAUUCAAUAUACAGAUUUUGUUGAGUCAUUGCGGGAGUCAGUGGUAUUCGGCAGUUUCCUGCCGUGCGUCAACUUCAAAGACUUGGACCUCCACUGGGUUGACUAUAGGCGGUGCUUGCGCCCUCAUAGUAAGGGCAACAUCCCUACUAGCUUGAAAGUAUGUUCCGAGGGAUCUUGAUUUGAAGUGUCUAUAUCCUCCUUAGAAUGAGCACACAAAGUACCGUACUAGCAAUAGCAAGUAACACUUGGACUGUCACUCAAACAAAAUUUUAAUUAACAGAACAACAGCCAAGCUAUAGGAAACACAAUGCAU